AUGGCGUCGCUGAGUGGCUUGGCUUCGGCGCUGGAGUCGUACAGGGGCCGGGACCGCCUGAUCCGAACGCUGGGUUACUGCUGCCAGCUGGUCGGCGGGGUGUUGGUGGAACAAUGCCCGGCCAAGUCAGAUGUGGGGACGCGCCUGCUGGCGUUGUCCGCCCAGCUCAGCCGCUGUAGGACAGUCCUGCGACUCUUUGACGACCUGGCCAUGUUUGCCUACACUAAGCAGUAUGGCUUGGGGACAGAGGAGGAGGACCUCUUUGUCCGCUGGGUGUCUGUUCUGGGCAACCUGGCGGACCAGCUAUACUACCCCUGUGAGCACGUCGCCUGGGCUGCUGACGCCAAGAUCCUCCAUGUGGACGCCGCCCACUGGUGGGCGCUGAGCACAGCGUUCUGGGGCCUCUCCCUGCUCCUGGGCAUCGCCAGGUCCCUGUGGAUGGUGUUGAAGCUGAGGCGGAGGCUGAGGAGUCCCACAGUGGCCUUUCCUGGGUGGCCGCCCCGGAGCAAGCGGAGGACCCUGGAGGCACAGAUACGGUCGGAGACGCUGACCGUGCUCAGCAACCUGGCUGACCUGGCCAACGCCGUGCACUGGCUGCCCCCGGGGGUGCUGUGGGCUGGCUGCUUCCCCCCAUGGCUGGUGGGCCUCCUGGGCACCGUGUCCUCCCUCCUCAGCGUGUAUCAGGCCGUCAGGGCCCGCGACAACCAGGCUGACGCCGCCAGCUCCUGA